CAUACUGAGUCUAGAUAUUCUAGUGCCUUACACCGUAUCCAGACUCUUCACCAGACGUUGGCAGGCAGUGGCAAGAACAGAUGGUUUGACCAUGUCAACACUGAGGUGGCCUUCAAGAACGGUCUUUUCGCUGGCAACUUCGAGGUUCGUUUUUUUUUUUUUUUUGGAACAGAUCUUGCACAUCAUACGCAUUCCUGAACAAUUAUCAUGUACCAAAAUCAGUUAACAUUAUCUGCAUAAAUUAGUCAUCAUAUACGUUUCCUAACCUCUGUACACAAUUGUGGACAAGGGUUUCUGUGCUUUAGUUUCCAUAACGUUUAUAUUUUCAGCAUACACCAGCAGAUGGCAUGGUGGCUGCUUUUUUGGGAUACUUCGUUUUUGCUCAGUCACAGAGGAUUGGACCAAUACGGAAGGACAAGGUCUCUGACAGGUCCGUUCCAGAACCAGAGGAGCUGAUUUUCGCCAUAGAUGACGAGAUACGUGAUGAAAUUAUACAUACACAGGAGACAUUCAUUAAACAGGCUUCGGACUUGGAACUAGUCUGCCCCAGCUUCACAGACUAUGGGAAGAAGUUCAUCCGUAGUUUCAAGCUCCACCCGGACUACUACAUACAGACUGCACUACAGCUGGCCUACUUCAGGCUACAUGGGAAACCAGCUCCCACGCACCAGCCGGCGACGCUGCGGCAGUACUACCACGGCCGGACCGAGACUGUCCGGUCCUGCACCAUGGAAGUGGUCAACUGGUGUAAGGCCAUGAUGGACAACACAGUACCGAUUCAAGAGAAGAAAGAACUAAUGAUGGCGGCGUUGAAGAAGCAUAUACAACUUAUGGAGGAGGCGAAAAACAUGCUGGGCUGUGACCGUCACCUGCUUGGUCUUCGAGCUAUAUCUCAAAGUGCAGGAAUUCCUCUUCCUUCACUCUUCAGAGAUACUGCCUACACAAAGAGUUUGGGGGGUGGGUACGUCAUGCUCAAUACUCUGAUUGGCUAUACACCAGCCCCAGCGGCAGUGGCUCCCAAGGUACCUCACGGCUAUUGCAUCGCAUACAACAUCCAACCAGAUAGGUUGACCUACAGUGUGAGUGCCUGGAAGAGCUGUAAGGAGACCAGUGCUGAGGAGAUGUCGGCUAGUAUACACCAGUCACUCAGGGACAUGCAUCAACUUCUCAUGACGUCAUAAGGCACCCAUCACGGAAAAUACAGCAAUCAUAAUUUUACUGUUAAAUUACAGUUCAUUGCUGCUAUUUUGUUAUUUAACAUUCAUAAGAUUGAUGUUACUUUGGAUUAUAGGCACAGCUGACCAGAAUUAUCUUAAUUCAUAUAGUUGAUUAUGUCAAUGGUGCUUUAAAAUUUCAGGGGUCAAUUAAUGCACUUGAUUAAGUUGUUUUGAUUGACUUUCUUCCUAUUUUUCAAACAUCUGUGGUCUCUCUAUAAUUUUGUUUUAAAUUCAACGUCCACAUAUCGACUCAUAAAGCUGUCAGAGGGAGAGUGUUCAUUUUAGUUGUAAAGCCUUGAAUUCAGCCGAAGUGGGCUGCCACUGUA